CAGCCCCGGCUCAAGAUCUCAUCUCGGCCCCCCGUGCACCUCCCGCGCUCGCCCCGCGGGCGCCGCGGCGAGGGGCCUCGGCGCCGCCGCCAGAGGUCACAGCCGAUGGCGAAGCGCAAGCGCGCGGGCUUCAGCUCGGCGUCGCCAGAGGAGGCGGGCAUGGACCCCGGGACCCUGAAGAAGAUACGCCGGGGCACGCGCCUCGAGGUCCGGGAGCUGCGCUCCUGCGCCGGCGUCUGCCACCUCGUGCUGCGCCGCGGGCGCUGCGUGCUCCUGCACGCGGACGGCUGGGCCGACUGCGCCCGGCGGACGCCCUUCGGCGAGGGGACCAUCUGCCGGCUGCACGGGGCCACGAAGGCGCUGGUGUGCGCUGCUUUCCUGCGGCUGGUGGAGCAGGGCCGGGUGGCGCUGGACGACCCGGUCAGGGACUACAUCAACUUCUCGGAGCGCGUCGCGUGCAAGGGCGGUCAGUCUUCUCGGCCGGCGCGCGUGAGACCGACGCUGCGCCACCUGCUGACCAUGACCUCUGGCCUGAGAGACACCGAGUGCCCAGCGUAUGCCGGGCCCUGCGCACCACCGACGUCCGCCGCGUCAGAAGUGGGCGCAUAUCCACGCUCGCGGCCUACUGCGACGCCUUAGCGCAGGUGCCGCUGCAGUCUGAGCCGGGCUCCUGGUACGAGUACGGGUUGUCCAUCGACUUCAUCGGCCACGUUUGCGAGGUCGUCAGCGGCCAGGAUCUGGACGCGUUCAUGCGCCAGCAGCUGCUGGACCCCCUUGGCAUGGUGGACACGCACUUCCGGCUCCCGAGGGACAAGCGCGACCGCGUGGCGGUGCUGUACAAGGCCGAGGAGUCCUCUUCGAGCAGCGUCGGACGGGGCGGCGCCCCGUUCAAGCUGGUUCGCUGGGACAGCCCGCAUUGCGCCCCUGGCAUCCUGAGCGCCGCUGGGGGCUGCCUGAGCUUCGCCUGCGGGCCCCCCUGCCUCCGCGACUACGCCCGCUUCCUCCAGAUGCUCCUCGACGGGGGCCUGGCGGCGGACGGCGGCCGCGUGCUGCGGGCCGCCACCGUCCGGGAGCUCUGGGCCGACGGCCUGGCGCCGCUCGCGGACGCGCGCGGGCGCGUGGCCAACUGGAACGUCGACGACACGCAGGGGCCGCCUUGGCCGGGCGGCUCCUGGGACAAGUGCGGCUGGUCGCUGGCCAGCACCCUCGUCCAGCUGAGCGGGGCGCCGCGGAGCCCGUCGCGGGGCCCCGCCCGGCGGGGGCACGCCAUGGGCCUCGGCGGAGGCGGGGGCGUCUACUGGCUCCUGGACAAGAGGCGGCAGCUCGUGGCGCUGUCCUUCCAGCAGAGCUUCGAAGGGCCGCGCGGCGCGGACGACGGGCUCGGGCCGCCUGGCAACGACUGCACGGACCUCGCCGUGGAGGCGGUCGACAAGGCGGCCGCCAAGUCCGCGCGAGCGCAGCCGAGGGCGACCCGGAGGGCCUGA